AACCGGCGGCGACCAGAAUUCCUCAUCUCGCCCAGUGGGAAGGGACCACAGCUAUCCAUUAGUUUCUGGUCUCCUGGUAACCGACUCGGGGAAGGGAAAUACGACUUCCGCCUCCGGUCCCUAAGGGAGGGCCGCGGAGGGUUCUGGGAAAUGUAGUCGCCCUCCAGGGAUGAGUCUGCGCAUGUGCGUCCCGCCCAAGCCAGCCCUCUUCCGCCGGAACUUCCGGUUCGUGGUGCGCUCCGGGAGCGGGGCAGCAGCUCCGGGGCUGGAUGCAGUCACUUAAGUUAGAUGCGAGUGAAAGAGGAGCCCAGGGACCGUAUUGUUCCCUGGGGAGCGGGCCGGUUAUCCCAGCUUGUGGAAGCAGAACCUGGCGUGUAGGCGCGAACCGCGGGCCUGGGGCGCAUGGGAAGGCAGCCACCUGGCGCCGGAUCCCGGGGUCCGGGUCUGGGCAGGAGCCGGUUCGGGCUGUGCUGUCCGUGAUGGAGGGUGCGUCCAGGGGAGCAUAGCUGGUUCUGGAAGCUGCGCGAAGAGGGGGCGAGAGGGGGCGGCGCCGUGUGGCACUGUGCGCCCGUCCGCAAAGUGAGCCCCCCGGGAGCCCCCGGAAAGUCACCGCGAGGCGUCCGCGUGACGGCCGUGGGCCCUCCUGGUGCCGACACCCAGCUUCCAGGACCGCGGGCUCCCCAGGAGACGGGGGUCGCGAUGGCGGGCCGCUCUUCCCGGGAGUAGAGGAGGGGUGCAGUUUGAGAAGGGCGGCUGUGAUGGGAACCCCACCGGCCGGAGCCCCCCCCCAGCCUUUGGAGGAGGCACGGGGGUCGCGGGAGGAGGAUCCUGGCCGGAUGAGAACUCCGCCAUCAGCUGUCCAAGGGUGGACACUGUUGGAGGGUUUGGACCCGUGUCCGGAGGAACAGGUGCGCCCGGCUGGGCAUGUGGGCGGGGCCGCGCGGGGGUAGCUGAUUAUUUUUGUACCUGAAGUUAACCUGCCACAAACAGGGCUUUCAGCAACCCCAUGCUUAUUAACCCCAGCGUUUUCUGUGGAUUAUGUGACCUCAAGGCAUUAAUACUACAACCAUUUCCCACUUAAUGUCGAUUAUUUCUCCUUGCAAGUCAUUAAUUCUGGGCCGGUGCAGUGGCGUAGCAGGGUAAGCCCCUGUCUGCAGCGCCAGCAUCCCAUAGGGGCGCCGGUUCAAGUCCCACUUCUGAUCCAGCUCUCUGCUAAUGGCCCGCGUGCUUGGGCCUCUGCACCGCGUGGGGGACCUGGAUGAAGCUCCAGGCACCCGGCUCCGGCCCGGCCCCGCCCUGGCUGUUGGGCCAUUUAGGGAAUCAGCUGGCAAAUGGAAAACCCGUCUCUGUCUCUCUGUGACUCUGCCUUUUGAAUAAAUGAACAAAUCCUGAAAGGAAGGAGGGAGGGAGGGAGGUCAUGCCGUUGACAUUGGUUGUGAUUUUCAGAAUUCAUGCAUUCUGUUGUGAAUUCUGGCGUUUGUAUUUGAUGUGUAAAGUAAGACAUUCUCUCUCUGUGUAGUUUUGGUGUUCAGUUCUGGUGGCUGAGAUGGAUCAGUUAGCAUUUUCUGGACACGAAACCUUUCAAAACGUACUGGCCUGAAAAAGCCACCGUGGCGUUUGCUCGGGUCUCUGAUCCGCGUUCACCUGGGAGCUCGGUUCCUGCUUGUGUUCCUGGGCCACAGGUGCGGCUUUGUCACCCAGGGCCUUGGCUAAGCUGGUUGGUUGAAGACGGCGUCAUUCACGCGCCCAGUGCUUGUGCGGACUCAGGGAGGCCCUGUGUCUCCAAAAGGUCUCCAGCCUCUUCGUAGCGUGACUGUGCCAGGAAGGCCGGCGGCACUGGGCCAGUACCUUGCCCCUGCGUGUGCAGGCGAGAUCAGCCAGUGGGAGAUCUCCCAGCACCAGGUACUGUGGAAGUGAACAUUAUGUUUCCCUCUAAAAUCCUGGCCAGAACGUGUAGGAUUGCAAGGUGCGUACCUUCCGUGAGGUCUAGGUUUGUGCUUGUAGAAGCAAGACACACUGUGGUAGAAGCCCUCACGGAGGCCAACAGUCCAGAUCGCAUGUCUCCUCUCUCCUCGUGAACCUGCCUGUGAGAUGUGUCUGUAAUUAUUCACCCGCAGGGGAGCCUUUAUCUCGUUGUCAUCCAGCUCCCACGUGGAGAUCUGGGGGCAGGGGAACCUAGGAGACUUGAGUCUUUGAUCCACGCCGCUCACCUCUCCCUGCUGUUUGCAGCGUGCUCUGUGCAUUUCCAGGAACAACAAAUAAAUCUCCAGCGAGUCACUUGCCUAUUUAUUCCUCAUUUUGCUUUAUGUUGCAUUUUAUGAGCUUUCGGGGACCCAUGAACCAAAGUGGAAAGGCAGAGUUGAGUAAAACCCAGCUUGAAGGAAGCGCGGAAGCAGAGGAGGCUGGCGUGGAAGGAGGCGACCGUGAGACGGCGGAGCGUCUGACCAGGGCGCGUCUGGUGCGCGGUCUGCACGGAGUCAGGACGGGAGUGCGGCCGGUCUUGUUUGUUCCGUGGCGGAAUGGAAUCCGGGAGGAGAGCGUGGUGGGCCGUCGGGACAGGAAGGCUCGCCGGCACCAGGCUGCAGCGCCGCCUCCAUCGAUCUAACAGGACGCGAUGGAAAGGCUUUUCCCAGCAGCUUGGAAAUGGACACCCUGAGCAGUGGACAUGGCCAGUGCUGACGCACAGCCCGUGUAAGGGACGUUGGAGACGGUGAGAGCUUUGGAGAGGCUGUACUAGAUUCAUUGGUAAAUCCUAAGACGUCCAGAGGUUAGAGUCAGCCGCAGCCCUUAACAUCCCUCACGUGGUCGCAGCUCUGAGCACUGGUGUGAGGUGCAGCGUACUGGUGUGAGUUUUAUUUGCUGACGAGUGUUUCCAGUACUCACCUGUCCUUUAACCCACUCAGUCAGAGGGUUAGUUGAUUGCUUGUCAACCUCACUGUUGACCUAAAUGAUCCCAUCCAGUGCCCAUGGGCUAUGUUGGCCUUACCUGAAUGCCCGGCCACGUUGAGCUGCCAUCAUCCUCGUCCGGAAGCUCACUGUGUUCGUGUCUGUCCAGACCUCACGAAUGGUUCCUUCCCUCUUCUGGAAUUUGACAGCGGCCGUCCAGGUCCCCACGCUGUUCCCCGUUCACCCCACGCUGCGGUUCUGACCGGGCCCGCCCGUCCUGUUUCUCCCCAGCCUUCAGACCACAGGUUCCGCUUCCUGUUCAGUGCGUCCUUGUAGCUGUCUGAAAGGCGCCUGCACCCAAGGAAGCCAAGACCAAAGCCACGCCCUCCUGGCUUCCUCAGGCCGUGGUAUUGCAGCCACACAGCCGCUGACCCAGAUCCUGACGUAGCAUCCCUCCCGACAGCUCGCGCACUCUCAGGCCUCUCAUGUGGGUCAGUCCUGCCCCUCUGAGUCAGCCCCUCAGUUCCUUCACUUGAUGCCAAUAUCUGCACGCAGGGCCAGUGACGGAGGAGCGCUCGGGUCACGGCACACGGUGACCGUCCGGCUGCGAGUGUCGUCCUUGGCAGAACAGGAAGGCUGUGUUUUCUCAGUGAGCCAAGCUUCCUAGCCAGAGCACACGGCCGUCUUAGGGGUCCGCAGGAAGAAGCAGUUCAGUUAGUGGGACGUGUUUGAACAAGGGCCAGUGCCAAGGUGAGCGAAGAGUAGUAACAAGCAUGGAUUUUCAGAAUUUUUGCCUUUUGCCUAGAUAAAUCUAUGUCAGUGAUUAUGUCUGUAGUUCUCAUUAGCAUACCGUGUGUAUCUGUAAUUCAAAACAAAACCUGUCAUGUUUUCGAACUCCUUUAAAGUUUGUAUUUAAUUCUAUUCCAGAUAACGACCUACAAAUGAGUAGGGAAAAGUAGGUGUACGCUUUGGAUAUAACUGCGGGGUUAAAACUGUGGUUAAUAGUUGGCUAAGAACAGAACGUGGCAGCGCAGUUGAACAUUUGGAAUUCACGGUCACAGUUUGGACCUAGAGUGAGAUGUGAAAUGCUCUGCACUCGUCUUUGGAACCCGAUACUUGAUCUGAAUCUGCACACUGCAUGUUCACCUUGGUCUCUAGUGUAGACUUCCAUUACGGGCGACAUAGCAGAGGACCAAAAACGCACUCCUUAGAGGCAGGUGCAGGAUUAAGAUGCUUGUGUUUCCUAGAGAGUGCCCGGGGCUGAUCCCCAGCUCUCUGCCAUCUCAGACUCUAGGAGGCAGCAGGUGCUGGCUCAAGUCUUUGGGUCCCAGCACCCGCGUGGAGGCCUGCGCUGAGUUCUUGGUUGCUGGCCCAGCCCUGGCUGUUGUAGGCGUCUGGGGGAGUGGACCAGCAGGCAAGAGCUCUCCUUGUCUCUGCCCCUUCAGUACAUACAUGUGACUUGCUCGCUACAAGGACCUCCUCUCGUGUGUCAGUUUUGUGGGUCAGAAACCUGGACAGGGCUGCAUGGGUUGACUGCCUCACUAUGUCCCUGGUCCCCCCUGCAGGGGCACUUGGUGGCUGUGAGCCUGGAGCAGGCAGCCAGCCCUCUCUGUGACCUCUUUGACCUCCUCGCAGUCGGGUUGGCUGGCUGCUCCCACAGCAAACAUCCAAGAGACGCAGGCAGAAGAUGUGCGGCUGCGUAGGCUCUCAGAAGUCCCAGAGCCUCUUAGUCCACACCUCUUAGUCCACUCUAAGGUUGGCCCCAGUUUAAGGGGACGCAGCUCCCACCCCUCAAUAACAGCAGUAAGAAUCUGUGGCAGUGGUUAAUAAGCACAGUUUCCAUGUGGUCAUACGUGAUUUAGGUUCCUCUUUCCAUAUCAGGGAGCUGACUGGAAGCGCAGCUGAAUCGGGUGCAGUGACCUGCCAUCUGACACGCCACGUGCACCCAGCACACGGAGGAGGCACUGCCCUUGGUGGCAGGGGGAGCCGCAGGCCCUGGUCUGAGUGCUCAGUUAGCCCCUGCGCACCUGCCGCAGUCUGAAGUCCAGCCCAGCCUGGCCCCUGGGAAGAUCCGCACACCUGGCUCUGCCCUCACUCAGGGCUCUCAGCAUUCGCACUCAGUGUUUUUCCUUUUAAGGAAAUGCCUGGUUGAGCAGUUGACAACUUUCUUUUUUCCACCUGAUUCUUGCUUACAUUAAACUCGGUAUCCAGCAGGCUCUUUUUUUGUUUAGUUUUGUUUUUCCUGACUUUACCUUUGAAAUGUGUCAGUGCAGCUAUUUCUUUUAAAGAUGUGGGCUUCUGGAUGGAAGUCCGUUAGACCAAAGCCAGUGACUCACUGAGACGGGCCUUUGUUCUCUGGGCACCGAGGGGACGGCGGGCAGAGAAGCCCCGCUGCGUGCCGGGCAGCCUGUCGCACCCUCAGUUUCCUCGGAUGCUGACGAUAUUUUUGAUCAUUUGUCAUUUUUUACAAAAGCACGAGGUUUGAUCCCUACUACAAAGCCAUUUCUCUAAAAUGUUUUGCCUGGAAGACCUGGGAAUGAAUAUUGAGUUUUAUUUCGGCAAGUUCUGGUUCCUUUAUAUUUCCUCUAGUUUCUGCUUGCAGCUUGAACGUCCUUCUUCAUCCUCUCUCUCCUGUCAGGUUUUCUCUGUGACAGAGAAGUUUCUUCCCAGGAGUUUGUUUAGGCAGAUGCCUGGAUGGCAGGAAACCCCAGCUUUCCCCGGUGUGGGAAUCCCAGAGUCCUCCGGUACGUGGCCUGUGUGCCCCUCCCCACGCCCUGCAGGUUAAUUCAGUCCCUGAGGCCCAGCUUCUGCUCGUCCCAGCCAACCCCGUGGAAUUACACACAAUUGUAAAUGAAUGUAAUCACUUUCAUUAUAAAUUGUUUAGAAAUCAUUAUCCAUGACAUCUGUUGUCUUUUUACAGUUCUUGACUUGGUCUGUUCUGAUGUAAGUGUGGCCACCCCUGCUGCCCCUGGUUCCAUUCACGUGGAAUGUCGUCGUCAUCUUCCCUACACUGUGUGUCUCUGCAGGGGAAGUGAGUUCUUGCAGGCAGCAUGCAGUGGGUCUCGCGUCAUCAGUCAGCUGCUCCUGUCUUCACAGGGGAAUUCAGUCCGUUUACAUUCCGGCUUCUGUUGUAGGGCAAGGACUCUGUCCACUUGUUUUCUGUUUGCAUACCUCUGCUUCUUGUUUAACCUUGUGGGGCGGUGGUCUUCUGUACUGACGCAGUUUGAUUCCUUUGUCUUUUUGUCUAUAUCUGCUGUAAUUUUUUAUUUGUUAUUACAGGGCUUAUAGAAAGAAGUAUAAUUUUAAUGGUAUUUUAAGCUAAUUACUUAACUUUGGUCACAUACGUAGACUCUGGACUCUUACUCUCCAUAGUAUAUUAUUUAUUGGCCUUAAUUUAUACCUUUUUAUAUUGCAUAUAAAUAUAUACAUAUUAAAUAUAUAAAUAUAAUAUAUCAUUAACAACUUAUUGUAGCUCCAGUUGCCAUUGGCCAUUAACUUAUUGUUUUUUGUUUUUUGUUUUUUGUUUUUUGUUUUUUGCCAGGCAGAGUUAAACAGUGAGAGAGAGAGACAGAGAGAGAGAGUUAUAGACAGUGAGAGAGAGACAGAAAGGAAGGUCUUCCUUCUAUUGGUUCACUCCCCUAAUGUCUGCAACGGAUGGCACUGUGCCAUUGCGAAGCCAGGAGCCAGGUACUUUCUCCCGGUCUCCCAUGUGGGUGCAGGAACCCAAGUACUUGGUCCAUCCUCCAUGCCCUCCUGGGCCACAGCAGAGAGCUGGACUGGAAGAGGAGCAACCGGGACAGAAUCCGGCACUCCAACCGGUCUAGAACCCGGGGUGCCAGUGCUGCUGGCAGAGGAUUAGCCAAGUGAGCCACAGCACUGGCCAUUAACUUAUUGUUAACCAUUAACUUAUUGUUAAUGGCCAAGCAUGGCUGUUUUUUUUCUUUUAGCCUUCAUACUAGAGAUUUGUAAAAUUAUAAACUAUCACAUUAACAAAAUAUUCAGAAUUUGAUAAUGAGUUUACUUCUGCCAGUGGGAUUUAUUUAUGCUUUCAUGUGUUUUCAUGACAAUAAUUAUAAUCAUAAUUAUAAUCAUUUUGCUUCCAGCCAGGAAACUUUUUUUUUUUUGACAGGCAGAGUGGACAGUGGGAGAGAGAGAGACAGAGAGAAAGGUCUUCCUUUUGCCGUUGGUUCACCCUCCAAUGGCCGCCCGGCCAGCGCACCAUGCUGAUCCAAAGGCAGGAGCCUGGUGCUUCUCCUGGUCUCCCAUGGGGUGCAGGGCCCAAGCACCUGGGCCAUCCUCCACUGCACUCCCGGGCCACAGCAGAGAGCCUGCCUGGAAGAGGGGCGACCGGGACAGAAUCCGGUGCUCCGACCAGGACUAGAACCCGGUGUGCCAGCACCGCAGGCAGAGGAUUAGCCUAUUGAGCCGUGGCGCCGGCCCCAGCCAGGGAACUUCUUUGAGCAGUUCUUGUAGGGCCACUUUCAUGGUGAUGAAUUUCCUCAGCCUUUGCCUGUCUGGGAAGAACGCUUGUUUCUGCUUUGCUUCUCAAGUGUGGCUUUCCUGGAUGUACUAUCUAGGCAGCUUUUUCAUUGGUCACUUUGAGCACGUCACCCUGUUCUCUCCUGGUCUGCAGUUUCUGCUGAGAAAUCUGCUGACAGCAUAAUGAGGGUUCCCUCGUGUGUGACUCGGUGCAGCAUUUCUCUUGCUGCUUUUAGAACUGGCCCUUUCUCUCUUCGUUACAAUAAAGUUUGAUUAUAAUGUGCCUCAGUGAGGGUGUCUUUGGUUUGCAUCUUUGAGCUUCAUGGAUUUGGAAGUCGAUUUGUCUCCCAAGACUUGAGCUUGAGAAGUUUUCAGUAAUGAUCUUAUUAAAAGUUUUCUGUCUCCCUCCAUCUCUUCUCCCUCUGUCUCCACACUUCAUGCUGUGCUGUAGCUCAGCCUUUCAUUACUGUUUUUAAUUCUGUUUUCUUUUCUCCAGAUUAUGUUAUUUCAAAAAACUGUGUCCUCUAGUUCACAAAUUUUUUUAUUCUGAAUUAAACCUGAUAAACCCCUAACUUUCCUUUGUUUCCCUUUUUGUACUUUCUCUCUCUCUCUCUCUUUUUUUUUUUUAAGAUUUAUUUAUUUAUUUGAAAGGCAUAGUUACAGAGAGACAGAGGUCUUCCCUCCACUGGUUUGUUCCCCAAAUGGCCUCAACAGCCAGAGCUGUGCUGAUCCAAAGCCAGGAACCUGGAGGUCUCCCAUCUGGCUUCAGGGACCCAAGGACUUAGGCCGUCUUCCACUACUUUUCAGACACACUAGCAGGCAGCUAGUUCAGAAGUGGAGCAGCCAGGACGCAAACCAGCCGUGUCGGGUGCUGGCGCUGUAGGCAGCAGACUUACCCGUGACACCACAGCACCGGCCCCAAGUUCAGAAAUUCUUUUUAAUCUUAUAGUCAGCUCUUGCAGCUCUCAAUUAUGCUUUUUAUUUCAUUCAUUGAAUUCUUUUGCUCCAGGAUUUGUUUGAUUCCCUUUUUUAUGAUAUAUAGAUAUAUAUCUAUUGAAUUUCUUGUUCAUAUCAUGAAUUAUUUUCCUGAUUUCAUUGAGUUGUAGUUGAAAUUUCUUUUAUCUUGCUGAGUUUCCUUGGACUCAGUUUGUAAAUUUAUUUCGGGGGUGUGGUCACUUGCUGGAGACCUAUUGCAUUUCUUGGGUGAUACCAUGUUCCUUCCUCUUCAUUCUCAUGGCCCUAGAUUCAUGCCUGUGCUUCCUGGUGGAACAGCCUUCUCUUCCAGUUCUGUGGUCUUUGUAGGGAAAGACUUUUGCCUACAGGUGCGCCCCAGGUGUCAGACAGGUAGGAUGCGUGGUCCUCAGUGUGGGUGUGCACAGUAACGGCCUGUGCACUUUCCCUGGCUGUAGCCACGUCAGCGAAGUCCACGAAUGCCACGGUGCCUUAGACUUAAGGGGGCCGUGCAACUUGCCCCCUGGCAUGGGCUACCUUGUGUGUUGUGCCAAGGGCUGGACAUAAGGGGCCGGGGCACUGCUGUUGGGACAGGGGGUGUACUGUCUCUUGAACCCUCCAGAGGGGCAGUAGCCUGGUGGACAGGCUGCUUCCCAUGGGGCACAGCAGCAGAGUGUCAGAGAGGUGUGGGGCUGGGCAGCCUGUGGCUCGGGCCCUGCUCCCACGGGACCAGGGUGGGCACGUGAGUGGACAGCAAAGGCAGUGAAGCGCUGGGGAUGGGGAGGUGUGGGUGCUGUCCCGGGGGUGGGGUGCACCUCAGUGGUGGCUGCAGUUUCCAGAAUACUGUGCAGAAGCAGCUUGGGUCCUGAGAGGGCAGGGCACGGAGGGGCCAGCACCGAGUGGGCGCCUCCGUGUGACGGUGCUGCCGCACAGCCCCCCAGGCUCUCCUGCAGCUGGGCUCCCCAACAAGACCGCAGGUGCUUGUGAUGCCGAUGGCGGCCGGGUUCCUCCUGCCUACCCUUCCCCACAGGGGGAGCCCCUCCUGGUGCCACGCUGAUCCUGACUGCGAUGGGUUGGCUGCCUAAGUCUCCAUGUUGCAUGUGGUCACUGGCACUCACCUGCUGUGCUCCAGGGCUCUUUUUCAGGAGUUCCAGUUGUUUAAUCAUUUGGGUGUGUGUGUGUGGGACGUGAACACCAGGCUCUCUGGGCAGCCAUCUUGCUGAAGUCACCGUCUGAUGGUCAGUUUUUUUGCUUUGCACUGCCGUAUCUUCAGAAGUCCUCUCCUCGCAUGUUGUCUAAGAAACCAGUCAGACACGUUCUUCAUUUCUGUUACAGGACUUUUUAUCUCUAGCAUUUCCUUUUGGUCCCAGGAAUUAAGCCUGCUUACACUGCUCAUCCAGUCUUACAUGUUUUCUGCUUUAUCGAUGCGAGCCCUUAGCAUAUUAAUCAGAGGAGUUUUUUUUAAUUCCAACAUCGCAGCCACGUCUGCUCUGACGCUUGCUCUGUCGUCCCAAGUUGUGUUUUUCAUCUGUUGCUAUGCCUUGUGACCUUUUCCUCUAUACCCAUACAUGUUACCAUUGAUGUAUAGGUAAACAGCUACCGCAAGCAUUACCUGAUGUGGUGGUGGGGUGUAGGGGUGAGGGAAGCUGGCUUGGUCUAUUCAGGCUCCUAUAACAAAGCACCUUAGCGUGGGUAAGUCAUAAACAGUGGAGGUCUAUGUCUCAGUUCAAGACCAGGUGUCAUGGGAUUCGGAGUCUGGUCAGGGCCCGUUCUUAGGUGGCACCUGUUGUGUGUGGGACAGAGAAGCACCCCUCAGCCUCUUCGGCACGGGCACUAAUCCCAGUUACAAAGGCUCUGCCUCUGGGACUCGCGUCAUUGCUCACCCCCGAGGCUCAGCCGUGCACCGCAUCACCGUGGUCUGUGUCCUCCGUGUCCUGUGUCUGGACUUCUGCUCCUGCCUCGUGCUCACAUGGACACGUGGUGCACAUGGAGUAGGUAAACAUCUUUGGUUUUUUCAGUAAAGUGCUGUCUUCAUGUUACAAAAUGAAACUUACUUCAAUUUUUUAUUUGGGCCCAGAUUAUAAAUAAUGGCAACUAUUCAGAGCUGACUUUAAUGUGUCAGAACGUGCCUCUCCAUAGUGAACCUGAUGAGAUGUGUGCAGGAAAGAAACACAGUGCUCAUAGCAGGACUGGGGAGUCUCGGACGCUGUGGGCGUCAUGCUCAGCAUCGCGAGGCGCAGGCUGGGCGGCAGCCCUCGUGGACACCAGAGCACGUCGCCCGCGGCCGUCCUCGGUGUGUGUGGUCAGUGAGCGCUCGCCGCGCAAGACAGACCUCAGGUGAGGAGAAAACUCCCUGUAGAGUCUGACCUCACCAAGCUCAGGAUGUAGCAGAAAACCGUGCGGAUGUGAGAACCCGCAUUAGCAUCGGAGAGUACGUGCAAGGCAAACGUGCACCUCCCUAACGUGAGAGACCCUGCUCGCCUGAGCCCGACCUGCCUGUCCGUCACGAGUGCACACUGGGUCGUAGCCCUGGGGGUGCAGUGCAUGUGGAAACUCCUGUCAAAAGUUGUUCUUCCUGCACCCCAGAAUUCACACAGGAGGAAACCCUAUGAGUGCAGUGAAUGGGAGAGCCUGCCCGAAGUGAGGCCCCAGCGUACACGGAGCUCACACGAGGGGAAACCGUGAGUGCAGUGCACGUCGGAAAGCGUUUGCCUGAGGACGCCCUCACUGUACAUCAGAGGACUCAUGGGGGUGGGGAAUGUGAGUGGGGAAUGUGGAGAAGCUUGGAUCAGAGCGCAGAUUGGAAUGCUCACGCGGCGAGAAACCCCAGCAGUGUAGAGUGUGCAGCAUCAGAAACGGGCCCACAGUGCACCAGAGAACUCACGUGGCAGAGAGACCACGUGACUGUAAAGGAAGUAGGACUCCCAGGAGCCACACCAGCUGCACCAGAGGACGCCUGGGGAGCCCUGCGGGUGUUCUCAGUGGGGAGAUGGCUUCACCCCCAGUCUCCUCACUGCACCAGAGGACUCCUGGGGAGAAGCCCACAGGGUAGAGUUUGGAAAACCUUUCUGCAGAAGUUGAACCUCCAGAUGGGUCAGGGUGCACAGAGGAGGAAGCGCCGUUAGAGAGCGGGGGAGAACUCUGCCGCAGACGCGCCGUCCUGCACACAGGACCCACACCAGUGACCAGCACGCGCGUGGGAGUACGGAAACUUUCCUGCCUGCACUCACAGCUCCUCGCACUUCCGAGAACUCGCACGGGAGACCUGGUGAAGACAGCGUGGGAGGCUGUCUGCCGGGAGAGCCUCACCGUGCAUCCGAGAACUCACACAGGAGACCUGGUGAAGACGGAGUGGGAGGCUGUCUGCCGUGAGAGCAUCCGAGAACUCACACGGGAGCGCUUGGUUGCGAUGAAUGGGGAGACUCCAUACCGGAAGCCACACCUCGGGCUGUGUCACUGAACGCACGGGAAAAAACCCUGUGACUGUAGGGAACCCAGCCCGGUCCAUCCCCCCGCCUCCCAGAGCCCCCACAGGUACGAAGCCGUGUAAGAAAUGAGUGCGAGAGGGUUUCCACAAAAGGCAGUGCUGACUGGAUACACGAAACUCCCACGGGAUUCCUGCAGGGCAGACCCUAACCGCCCAGCCUGAACCCCUCAGCCUCCCAUGGUGGGUGAGCCCACGUGGCUGAUUUCUACCAGGACAGUAAGGAGGCAGGAUGGCCAGACAACAGGUCAGGGUGCUCCCUGGCUGCUGCACUCGCUCGCUGCACCUGAAGAGCGAUCGACCCCAGGGUGGCUUUGGGAACCGGAGAGAAGGCCACUGAUUCCAGGAAGAGGUCUUCCCACCCCGUCCCCAAACCCUCCAGUUGUGCCGUGUCUGUCGAGCCGUUGUGUUGUGAUCUGUGUGCAUUGCGUCACAACAACUCCGCAUACUCUGUUCCCUUAAUGAGCUUUUUGAGAAGAGUCACCAGCCCUUGUAAGCCAGGAGAGAAAGUCAUGGGAAAACUCCAACAAAUCGAGAGAAAGCAUUGAGAAUGCCUUACUAGGUAGGGACAUCUUAUUGAGUGCUGUGAGUAAAGUAAUUAUAAAUAUCUUACAUUUCAAAGCUUUUAACUAUUCUAAAUGCUUUAUGUAACAAUUUAAAAGGAAGGGCAACUGUCAUUUAAGGGAAUAUGAAUUUUCAAGUAGAAAUGCAGGCACAGUAUCAAGAGUGUUUAAAUACUGUGCACCGUGGGUAAAUGUGCCUGCCAGGGGACUUUGUCCCGAGCAGAGCAUCCCGAGGGGAGAGCCAGAGAUGCCACAAGACAGCUUACAGCGCACACGACGGCCCCUCAGCUCUACAACAUUUACGAGUUAUAUUCUAACAGAAAUCUGCCGUGAUGGACUGCAGGGUAUUAGUGAACACUUAGCAUAAUGACUAUGUGGGAGCCAGCAGUGUGGCAUAGAGGGUAAAGCCGCUGCCCGUAAGGCCAGUGUCCUUCCCAUAGGAGCACCAGUUAGUCCCAGCUGCUCCGAUCCUGAUCCAGCUGCCCUGGAUCAGCCAAUGUCCUGGGAAAAGCAGUGGAGGGUGGCCCACGUGCUUGAGCCCCUGCACCAAUGUGGAGACCUGGAGGAAGCAUCUAGCUUUGGCCUGGCCCAGCCCUGGCUGCCUCUCCCUCUCUCUAUAACUCUCAAGUAAAUGUCUUGAAAUAAAUGAAUAAUAAAUAAAUAAAUAUUGUGACUUACAUUAAGUUUUUCCACACUAAGUGCCAGUGUAGCCUCUGAUUAUGUUAAGUUUAUUAAAUAUAAAGUAUUGGACAUUCUCUUUGCUGCUCCCCUAGUGUUUGUGAACUUGCGUGACCAUAAUCACCAAACUGUCCCUUAAGAAGAUAAUUGUUUCUGUAGGGCCAGCCAGGAAGUCUGAUAGAAACGUUACUUACAUAGAAAUGUACGAGUCAGGUUCGUGCUUGUUCACAGCUCACGUCUGAACGAAUUUACACAGCGGGACCACCGUAUUCAUUCUACUCACGAAAGGGAAUUUCUGGAAAGAGAAGGAACCCUCGGGUGUAAUCAUAAGAUCUGUGAGUGGGGCAGCUGCAUGGACGCGCGUGUGCAGCACAUUUUCUGUAGCUAAGCAGUCUGCGUUUCUGGAGAUGGCGUGCCCUGUGUGCGCCUUACUGGUAUUGGGAUGACGUAGGACGUCCUGAAAACCUGGCUCCACUUACUGUGUCUGACUUGGAUCUUAACCGUUGGGCUUCUGUUUCUUCUAUUCAAGAGGAGUAACGAUAGGGAUUUGAAAGGAUCGUCGCGAGAAGCACACUGGGAAGUUCUUUGAACGUGACGCUGCGGCUGAUCAGCAGGUGGUGUGGUACUUGCAUAACUGGCAGGUGGCGGCAGCAGGCUCGUCCCGCUGCACGACAGCUGACUUCCCUGAGUGACGACGUCUUGAUCUGGUCUUGUCGCCUGCUUCCACACACCCUUCUCAGAUGCUUUUCCUGCCUGCUCCUUGUCAUUCGCUGAGACUCAUCUUCCUCUUGGUGAUGCGCUGGGGCUGGGCCUGUGAGCAGCUCUGGCAGGGGACACAGAGUGGAGUGUGUGGCACGUCUGGGAAGGGGCGCAGGGGUGUCCCUCGUGGUCACACUGUUAUCCUACUCAUCGCAUGCAUCGCGCCCCCGGCCUUGAAGAAGCAAGCAGAUCUCUCUGUGCCGUCUCUGCAGAGAGCCAUGGGGUAGGGCGCAGUGGGUGGCCUCCAGUCCACAGCCACUAAGGAACUGGGUCGUGGGGGAUUGCUGCCAUCCGGUGUGGCGACUGUGGCGGGGUUUGAAUGACGCUGAGUGGUCACGGAUGUAGGCCACCCAGAAGCUGCUGUCUUGGGAAUAUUUGUGUAGGGUGGUGGUUGUAUAAAAAUAGCAGCUGACUGACAAGACAACCCCACAGUUUCUUUCUUUCUUUUUGUUUUUAAAGAUUUAUUUAUUUAUUUGAAAGUCAGAGUUACACAGAGAGAGGAGAGGCAGAGAGAGAGAGAGAGAGAGGUCUUCCAUCCGCUGGUUCACUCCCCAGUUGGCCACAAUGGUCAGAGCUGCGCUGAUCCAAAGCCAGGAGCCAGGAGCUUCUUCCUGGUCUCCACGUGGGUGCAGGGGCGCAAGCACUUGGGCCAUCUUCUACUGCUUUCCCAGGCCACAGCAGAGAGCUGGAUCCGAAGAGGAGCAGCCGGGACUAGAACCUGUGCCCAUAUGGGAUGCCGGCGCUUCAGGCCAGGGUGUUAACCCACUGUGCCGCAGCACUGCCCCUCCCACCCCCCCCCACCCCAGUUUCUGUGGGUCAGGAUCUACAUGGCUUAGCUGGGUGCUCUGUUCAGGAUCUCAGAAAGCCGCUGUCAUGGGGUUGGCCCAGCUACGUUGUCAUCUGGAGGCUCAGUGGGGGACGCUGCUUCUUGCCCAUCAGCUUAGGGCAGAAGUGGCUUUGAGGACACACUACUGAGGGUCAGUCGCUUAGUGGCUGUGGAGGCCACGCACAGGUCCCUGUGGCUCUCUGCCUACGCAGGCACACGGAGCUGCUUACCUCUUCAAGGCCUGUGGGGGAGGGAGUCACUCAGUGCCCUAGCCUGGCGCUGAUAUGGUGCAGUCCCCGGAGGGCUGGCCCUGCACCUCUGCCGCGUCACAGAGCCAUCCACAGUCCAGGCAGAGGAGGACGGGUGACUAGAGACUGCACAGGCGCGUGUGCCGCCUGCUGAUGGUGAGGUCCUUUGUUUAGGCGGCGAAGAUGUCGUUCCGUAUUUCCUGAAGCAGAAGGCACCUGUCAGGUGAGUUUCAGAAGUUACUAAGAAUUCUACAUACGGCGAUUACGGUGUGGUUUGCUGCUUCUCAAACAUUGCUACUUAAAUCCGCGUCGUUGCAGGCACAGAAAUAAGGGUGUAGUUUCAUUUGUGCAAAUGCUUUUGGGUUGAUAAGCCAGCACAUCAGUAGAGCAUAAUUAUUCUCAGAACAUAGCAUGUGUCUUUGAACUAUUGUUGAAGUUAAACCGUUCACUGAGACCUCUCCCUGGUGUUGCUUGAUGAGAUUUGGUGUGAGUUGAGUGUCUACUUCCUUCUGAUGUCAUUUCUUUUUAUAAUUUUAUCUGUAAGGCCAGGAGAGAGAUCCCAUCUGCCGGUUCACUCCCCAGAUGUGCACCACAGCCAGGCUGGACCUGGGUCUCCCAAGCCAGGGGCAGGAAUCCAUCUGUUUGGGCCAUUACCUGCUGCUCCCAUGUGUACGUUGGCAGAAAGCUGGAGUCUAUGGCUUGCAGGUGUUCCAAGUGGCAUCUUAACCACUGUGUCGGAUGAGUGCCGCCCCAUGUCACCUUCCCUGUGUGACUUAGGACUAACCACCCCUACCCCUCUUCCUGUUGGUCUGCUCAGGCGGCCAUAACCGCGGCCCCCGUCUGGACACCUGGACGCCGUGCACUUCCCUGGGGCUGUUGAGUGACAGCUGGCAGCAGGCUCGCCUCUGGCAGGACCUCUUCCUGGCUCUCACACGACCUCUGGGCUGUGUCUUCACGUGGCGUCUCCACUUUGGUCCGAGAAAGACAGAGUUCUCAUGGCUCUUCCUCUGGGGAUUGCAGCAGCCUGACGGAGAGGGGCCUCCCCGUGGCCUCCUUAGACCCUAAUUCGGCCUUCAAGUUCCUCUCUCCCACUAUAGCCCUGUUGAGGAUUAGGAUUCUACCUGCAAAUUUGGGCAAAGGCACAAGCAUCCAGGCAGUCCAGUUACUGCUCCGCAUGAACGAGCCUGGGUGUUUGUUUGUGUUGUUUUUGUUUUGUCUGUCCAGCUUUCCUCCCCCACGGUAUUCCAGCAACUGGCCAGGUGUGACCACAGGGGCAUCCCAUGAUCCAGAUGUGCCAGCCAUGUGUGUCCAUCCAGGGAGUGAGUGAGUCUCCUGGGACCCUGAGAUGCCUGUCAGCACGGUAAUGACCCCACUGGUGGCUGGCGUGGAGCUGCGCCCACCGUCGGGACAGGAGUCUGUGUGUGGGGUGGGAGGUGGCAGUGAGCAGAGCCUGGAAGCCACCCGCCUCCCAGGACCGCGACUGGGCCUGCGCGUCUGUCUCUGACGAGGUCGCUCCUGCUGGAAUCGAGCCCUGAGCUCACCUGGCGUGUGUGACUGUCUGUCUCACUCUGAGUCACAGGGAUUUGUGCAUAGGAUGUGUCUGCACUUACAGUAGCUUCACACUCCUCUCCAUUCAUUAAAGAUUCAUCACUUUCUCCUUGUCACCCUCACACGCCAGCCUCCCUUCCACACCCCGGAAGCUCUGAGCCCUGGCUGGGUUUGCGUUCAGCUCAGGUCGGCAGGCACUGCCAGGACGGAUGGGACGGGUGGGCCGUGCUUCCCCCUGCGCUGGGGGCCGUCCUAGGAGUCCAGGAUGCAGCGAUGGGGCUGCGGCUGCAGCUGCUCCUGCCCCACAGCCCACCCUGGGGACGGGCCUGCAGGUCACCCCACCACCUCCACUGCUGCCUCCUGGGGAUACCCCACCCGGCCCCGGUCCUGCCUUCCGGGCAUCUCCCAGAUGCUAAUCGUGAGACGCAGGCCUGACGUGCAAGGUAAGUAUAGAUUUAAAGGGAAGUAAGGAGUUACUAUAACUUGUAGGGGAAAAAAUUAACCAAAAUAAAGUCCAAAUAGCUAUACUUAUUCCAGACAAUUGACUCUGAAGCAAGCGUAUUCGUGGAGAUGGAGCAAAGUCUAUACUGAUAAGCCGCAGACUGCCACGGCUGUGUAACGGUUCUCACCGCCAAGCCCCGGCACGCAGACGGUACCAGUGUCAGCUUAACAAAUGCACCGCAGUGAGAGCUGCCUGGGUCGCCUUCUGCUGUCAAGUCCAGGCUGGCCGGUGGCGGUGUCACUGUCACAGCCAGGGCCACUGCGGACCACUAGCUGCAGGCCUUCACUGGGCGCUCUCUGGGCACCAGCCUAGAGGACGGUGUCUGUGGGCGAUGUGGGGGUGGACUGGGGAGGCGGCAGGUGGAGCAUCCCGAGUGUACAGCCAAGCCAGGCCGCGCUGAGCUGAGCACGCGCGCUGUGGCCCAUGUGCCGGCCCUAACGCACGGCACUGGGUGCGGCCUGCAGGGGCAGUGGUUGGCUUUGGCUCUUACAGCAGCGGCCGCUCGUGUUCCUCGGUGCCUCCACCGAGUUCAUUUUCUGAACUGCCCGGUUGUGAGUUGCAUUUGUUUUUAAUGAGGUGGCAUUGGGAGAGUCUCUGGAUUUAAAUUAGAUUACCUUUCAAGGCAGUCUCUCCCCCACGUCCAGAGCCCAACCUCUGGCCCAGCCACCCUUCCCUCUCCGCCCGGAAGGCCACGAGGGCCUCCUAACAGGGCGGCUGGCGCUGCUCUUGGUCAGACCUCACCAUGUUUACGGCCGUGUCUGUGGCCGCUCCGUGCGUGCUUUCUGCUCCACGGAGGAUUUCCCCUCCGUCACCCUCCCUUUCAAAUAAAUAAAUCUUCAAAAAAUAAUCCAAAAUGGAACAGCAAAGUCCAAGCCUGUGUGCGGUUAAUUAAAUGAUUUAAGUAAAAUCACCUGACAUCCCAGGACCCUCUGGGAAGUGGCUGAACGUACUGAUACAAUGUGUGACAGGUGUAUAAUGUAGAAAAUAAAGAGGUGGGCAUUGUCUGCAGCUGCGCCGUCGCAUGUGUCGCAUUUCAAGGAGCAGUCGUAUGAUGGCUGAUUCACGGGUCGUCCCUGCCCCGGGUGCUCCAUGUCAUGGACACUUCAGCUCAUUCAGUGCUCGCAGGGCCACCUGAGGAAAGUGGGGGCCAGCGCACUCGCUCGUUCGUCCAAGGCCCCACAGCUGGUCAGUGCUAGAACUCGGACGUGAGCCCAGGAGCCCAGCACCACCCUGCUCUGCCCCACGGACAGAGAGGGCCCCUCAAGGUCAUUUCCAUCCUCGGGAGUGCGGGAGUUUUCCUGUUCACGAUGUGCACCAGUGUGCGUGACCAGCCUGCCAGUGGGCACCCAGACUGCCGCAAGUGAGUGACUUGUUUACUUGAAAAGAGAUCACGAGAGCGAGACAGAGUUCACUCCCCACAGGGCUGCACCACUUAGGGCAGGGCCAGCGGGGAGCCGGAGAAGCCAGCUGUGGGACUGUGUUCCACGCCUUCCCGGACACGUGAGCAGGAAGCUGGAUGGGAAGUGGGCCCGCACUCCCGUAUGGACCGCCAGUGCCGCAGGCAGCAGGUCAGCCCGCGGCACCACGGCACUGGCCCUGAGGAGAAUGACUGUGCACACGCCUGUUCCUUGCACUGGCUUGUUGUAUCCCCCAGAAAUGCAACAAAAAUGGACGGUUCUCUGAGCCCCGUGGAGGAGCCAUUUCACAGAGGAAGAAGUUAUGGUGGCUUAGCCACGUGCCAGUCCAGGUUGGCAAGACCAAGGAGCAUGAUGGAACCGCAUGACCACACCUCUGCCCGGAGCGCUCGUCCACGGACAGACAGGACAUCGCAGGACGCAGUGAGGACCCCAGCCCUGGCAGGCACCGGCUGGAGGAUGCAGCGAGACCCCAGCCCUGGCAGGCACGGGCUGGAGGACGCAGCAGUCAGUCAGCCCAGCCCUGGCAGGCACGGGCUGGAGGACGCAGCGAGACCCCAGCCCUGGCAGGCACCGGCUGGAGGACGCAGCAGUCGGUCAGCCCGGCCUGGCUGGGCCGCAGGCUUGCCCCUCGAGCACCACUGAGGGGAGCUUAGAAAAUGGUGAAGGGUGAGUGCCCGUCUGCUCCUCCUCGCUUGGCUGACUUCCCAGAGAAGCUGCUUUGGGAAAGGCGGGGUUUAUUUCCGCUCACGGUCCGAGGUCACGGGUCAGGAAGCCGAGGGAGGAAAGCGAGGACACCCAGGGACUGAAGUGAGCGUGCUUCUCCCAGGAGCCACUCGGAGGGCAUGGCCUCUGGCACCCAAAGACCCCCAGCCCAGUCCUCGGCGCCGUCACUGGUCAGGUCUGCGCCUCUCAGCCGGGCGCCCUGGCGUCGAGGCUAAGCAGCUGUGUUUCAGCUCAGCUGGUCAUGGGCGGGCAGUGGUGAAGAAAGCAAGCUGCGGGUCAGGGCCAAGGACAGGCACGUGCCCCGGGGAAGGGCAGAGGAGCGGCGUUCCUUGUCGUUUCAGGUCGAGGCCCCUUGGUGUCUGAAGAGGCCUGGAGCGCGGCUUCCGCCCGCCCGCCUGCCUGCCGCCCCACUGCUGGUCCUGCGGCAGCUGCACAGCUGCUGCCGUCUCUGUUCAUUGUUCAGGAGGCAGGCGGGGCCCACGACGGGAGAGGGACGUGCUCGACUUUGGUGUCAUGCACUCGUGUGUUUGUUACCUUCAAGUCUGGGACGCCUACUGUAAAAAUCAAAUAAACCGAUUGAGUAAGGCUAGGAAACCAAACGCCUUCUUCUAGAAGCAGCAGGGUCUGGGCAGGGGGAGCUGCAGCACCAGAAACCAGGUAGGGUUUACUUGCUGGAGAGACAGAACGGUCCUCUGAGCCCCACACACGGCCAGUGACAGGCCAAGGACGCUCAGAGUCCGCCUGCCACACCUGGAGGAGGAGGCGGGGCCGACGGCGGCCCCAGAACAGGGCCACGUUCCGAUGCCCAGAGUCUGAGAAGUGGCCUCAUCUGGAAAAAGGCCCUGAAGAUAUAUCCAAGUUAAGAAUGUCAGAAUUAACAGGGCAACCCCUAAAAGAAGGAGAGGAGGGGAGAAGAAGCCCACGCAGAGACCGAGGUGGAGACGGGGUGGACCGGGACCCCGCGCAGGCUCUGGAGCCUUAAAGGAGCACACGCUUGCCUUUGGUGGUCCGGGCUCCAGAGCUGUGCGGGGCUGGAUUUCUCUGUCCACAGUGGACCCACAAAGGGGCGGGAGAUAGAACUGCGGAGUGUUCUGAACGUGGUUCCCAAGACCCCAGCUCACCAACGUCUUAGAAAAGUUCUGUUGAAUCUGAAGGAUGGAAAAAUAACAGUCUCCCCGUUGCAGACACGCAUCUUUCCAAUGACAGUGCAAAUUACCCAUAAAAUAAUCACCAAGAAAUACACUCGAGCCAAAGCACUCAAGCCUGAUCCCCGAGUAAGCAUUCACGGUGGAACGGUUAACACCCGUGCGGCUCUUGGGAGUGGGGAGCACGCGUUCGUCCUGUGGUCACCAGGGUCACAUGGCUGGGCUUUGGUUAAACAAGCUGGGAAUCCAGGCAGCUGCUGCUGCAGACGCCAGAGUGCUCCCCUCUCUGUGCCGGCAGCCUCCCCUCGUCCGGGAAAGUGGGCUUCCAGCAAGAGGCUCCCCUCCCACUGCCCAGCUGAUGGUGUCGGCAGCGCUCCCGCCACGUUGCGCGUUUUCAGGAAACCAUCCAUCUGCCGCGUUUGCACUGACCAGGUCAGCACACCCUCCGGAGCCCGUGGCUGCGGGUCGUCUCCCGGAUGCUGCCUGCACAGGGUCAGUGCUCGCUCCAGAGGCUCUGAGGGUUUCCUUCCUCUCCGGGGUGCAGAAGGCUUUUGCCAAGAACAAGACGAGCCCUGGAGGAGAAAAAGCCCUGUAGAAACCUCCGCGUGGUCCCCAGGAGCCCGCUUUGAAAGAAAAAUGGCCUCUGUGAGGGGUAAUUUCAGACGCUAUGACCAGCAUUUCAACAAAUGGAUCGAAUGCACACCUUCAGUAAUACAAGGGUUUCCUAAUGAUGGAUCCACGUUUAUUUCGCUGUCAGCGAUCCGAAGCCAGGAGCCAGGAGCUUCUUCCAGAUCUUCUGUGUGGGUGCAGGGGCCCAAGGACUUGGGCCAUCCUCCACUGCUUUCCCAGGCCACAGCAGAGCUGGAUCGGAAGUGGAGCAGCCAGGACUUGAACCGGUGCCCAUAUGGGAAGCAGGCAGUGGCACUAGGCCACAGUGCCGGCCCCAGUCAGCUACUUUCAAGAAGGUAUAACAUUCCUUUGAUCUAGGAGAAAACCUUGAAAGUUUUAUUUCAUUUUAAUUGUCACAUCCUAGUUGUUUAUACCCAUUGGGGUCCAUACAUGUAUACAUUGUAUAAUGAUCAGCCGGGGUGAUUAGCACUCCCAGCACUUCCGGAGUUCCUCCCGGCUUUGGGGUGAGACCAUAGAGAACCGACAGGUGCCAUGGUUAACUCCCGUCCCCCUGCACGCCAGGACACAACCCCUUCCUCUCGCACGGUCCCUGACGCCCAGUGAGCAGCCUCCCCCUCCCCACUGCUGUCCCUCCCCAGCCUCUGAUGCGCGCUCUCCCACUCCCGACGCCCUGGAGAUCCACUGUCUUAGAUUCCACACACACACGAGACCACGCAGCACUGGAAUGCUUUGCAAAGUUCGUGGGAAAUGGAAUCAAAAGUUUAUUUUGGUGUAAAAAAAAAUUCGCAUGAUAUGAGGCAUUUUGUAAAAGCUCAUUUAAAAUGCACAUUAGGAAAAAGCUGCAUGGUUUCACGGUUUUUUGCACCAAAAAUACAUUUAUCUAUUGAUUACAAAUACACAGUCUCUCUGGAGUCUCCUUGUAUUGUUUUUCUCUGUCUCUGGGUUCACCCUUGUCAGUGUGGACCGCCUGAGUCGUACCUGGUGUGCCGUGGACCGCGUUUCGCCUACCGGCUCUGUGGUGGGCGCCAGGCGGGUGCAUUCCGUGGCACGGUAGACCUGGAGCCCCGCGUCUCUUCCACCCGUGCUUCUGUCUCUUUGGCCGCACACUCCGUAUUGCUCCGCUGGCGUCCUGUGCUCUCCUUUGGACAGCCCGGCUGUUCCUUGUUUUGGCCCCUCGGGGAGGGGAGUGUCAGCUGUGGCCAGACAUUUUGCUGUAGCGCCUCCCUGCCAUCUGUUUAUUGAAAACCUUGGCAUCUCAAGGGCACAUUGGGAUUCCGGAGCAGUGAGAAGCCACGCAUGGCAGCGUCCGCUAAGCCCAGGCAGUGAAUGAACGGGGAGAAGGCCGUGGUGGGGCCAAGGUGGAAGCCUGGUCUGCCCCUGGUGGCUCGCGGCACUGCAGCUCUGGGAGGAGCUCCACGCUCAUGAGGAGGCUGGCGCGUGCCCCUCACGCCGCCCCUGGAGAGACCGAGCAGCACCCGCUGCUUGCCCCGGUAGACGAGCACAGGUCGGCCAGGCACGGUGCAGAGCGCCAGGACCGGGCCCCGGUGUCUGCGCUCCCCGCCGGCCUGUGGGCGAUGCAGGCGGACGGGUUGGGCACAAUCCUGGGAAGGUUGUGUUCUUUUUACUUGAAUCAUAGCAGAUGAAUGUGUCCCCACAAAUAAAACAACUCAUUAAAUGAGCACCAGCUCUUCCUGGAGAGGGAAGACUCGCACGUGGUAGCGUGGGUUCCGCCAGGAGCAGAGCUUGCGGGAGAUCUGAGCGCACUGCUUAUUUGAGCCAUGACCCCAGGAGGCCCGGUCGGGGCAGGAACAGGACGUGGGAAGACCAGCAAGUUACAGGGGGACAGCCGGUGUUCAUCCCGUCAGGGACCUCUGGGAGAUGACAGACAUGGCCCUGAGUCAGGGACGAGGGAACCAGGCCUGUCCAAUCACUGGUGGACAGCGUCUAGCACGGAGAACAGGGCCCAGAACAAGUGGGCUCUGGCCGCAGGGAGAGCCCCGAGGGAAGGCGCUGCAGGCCCCAGCGUGGGAAGCGGGGCUGGAGGACCCGGCCGGGCGCCUGCAGCGUCCGCCACUUCCCGCAGGGCGCCCCCGCACAUCAGGAGCACAGGUGAGCCCGGGAACCCGAGCGGGACAGAGACCCCACCAGUUCUGCCAUAGCCAGCGGGGGCGCUGUUCGGGCUCAAGGUGACGACUGCUUCCAGCCUGGCCUCCAGCCACCCUAGGGACAAGAGGAACCCCCCCCCCCGAACU